GGAGGAAAUAAACACCACUGACUCGCUCAGCCUGCGGCCGUGACCUUAUUCAGCAGCAGCUGAGGCCAAACCACUGUGACCUCAGAUAACCUGCUGCUGUCCACACGCUGCAGACACACACCGAGGAUAAAUCUGCUCCUCAGAUUAACAUGGCUGUCUCUGAGCAGAACCUGGAUGACUACAACAUCUACAACCACCUGACUGAUGAGGAGCUGCUGCAGAUUGCUGUUGAGAGAAGUUUAUCUGAAAAGCAGCCUUCAUCAGCAUCAUCAUCAGCAGGAGCAGCAGCAACAGGUCCAACCCAAACAAACCCAAACCCCCCACACAGAGGUCCUGACUCCUCCAAAUUUCUGCAAAGAGUUCCUCCAGCCCAACCUCCCCCCCACGUCCAGAACUGUGCAAACCCUCCCACAGCCCUCUCACAGUUUCUCUACAAGGUCUCCAAGAGAGAGGUCAGUCCCUUACAGUCCAUCAUCAUGAAUGGGGAUGCAGAAGCUUUGAUGGACUUGGUGCGACAGCGGUCAAACAGCCUAAUGGAGCCAAAUGAUGAAGGCUGGAUCGCUCUUCAUGAAGCUGCUUAUUACGGACAGCUGCAGUGUGUCAGGAUCCUGGUCAGAGCUGCACCUGACACAGUGAACAGGUGUACUUUGAAGCAUGGGACUGCCCUAAUGCUGGCUGCUGGGCGAGGAAACUUUUCCUGUGUUGAGUUUCUUCUGAAGCACGGAGCUGACCUAAACAUCAGCAACAAGGCCCGGGAGACGCCGCUGUUUGCAGCCUGUGAGAACCCAAACGAAGCCAUUGUGGAGCUGCUGCUGAGGUCAGGAGCUCAGGUGAACCGCUCCUGCAUUCAGGGAGGAACACCUCUUCACGAAGCCUGCAGACAUGGACUAUUGAAGCUCUGCAAGAUGUUACUGGAUGCCGGAGCCAAUCUUAAACUGAAAAACAUCUACAAUAUCCAGCCAUUCUUCACUGCUGCACAGAACGGACAUGUAGACAUAAUCCACCUGCUUGCACACAAAGGUGCAGAUAUAAAUGCACAGGCUGGAGAUGGAGCCUCACCAAUAUACGAAGCCUCUAAGAACGGCCACAUUUCAGCUGUGGAAGCACUGCUCACUCUGAAAGCUGACGCCAACCGAACCACAAAGUCUGGACUGCUGCCUCUUCAUGUGGCUGUUCAGAACAACCAUGCACGCGUCGUGUCCGUCCUGAUCCCAGUCACCAGUAGGGUCAGAAUAAAGCGCUGUGGCAUCAGCCCUCUGCACAUGGCUGCAGAGAGGAACAGGGAUGAAAUCUUAGAGCUUCUCAUCAAGGUUGGUUUUGAUGUUAAUGCCAAACUGUCGCAGGACUGGUCCAGAAUUUAUGAAGACCAUCGCAGUACAGCACUCUACUUCUCGGUCUACAAUGGAAACCUAGAGGCUACACAGAUGCUGCUGGAGGCUGGAGCCAACCCCAACCUGGACAUCUUCAACCCACUGCUCAUUGCUGUCCGGCUCGGCUGGGUGGACAUGGCAGUGCUGCUGCUGAGGUAUGGCGCUGACGUAAAUGCUCAGAUCUCCACGCAGCCUUCCUCCUUCCCGUCAGCUAUCCUGUUCAGCAUGGAUUGUCUUCCCAUGCUCAAACUGCUGUUGGACCACGGCUGUGAUGCGAAGUCCUGUUUCCAGUGUUCCUAUGGCCAGAAACCACAUCCCACCAUUGCACCAUCACGGCAUCCCAUUGAAGAGCUACAGGUCAGCGUAGAUUUGCCACCACAGCACAAAAUUCAGUUUUGCGAGGAAAUCUCCAGCUUGUCUUAUUGCCUGACACCUGGUCCAAUCAUCUUGAUGCUGCUGGACUACGUCAGUCACAUCUGCCUCUGCUCUCGACUGGUUGGCAUCCUAGCGAGUCAUAGUGACUGGGCACUGAUCAAACUAAAAGCUUUUCCUCCUCAUCCUCUGAUGCAGCUUUGCAGGCUGAAGAUUCGACACCUGGUGGGAAUCCAAGGACUGAAACUGCUUCACACUCUGCCACUUCCUGUCAGACUUAUCCGCUUCCUGCACUAUGAUGUCCACUGUCAUAGCAUAUAACAACAAAGUGAGAUUAAUGGCUUAACGAACCGUGUCGAGCUUAAGGUCAGAGUUUUCUGUGUCAAUAAAAUGGCUCUCUUUUUACCAGGCUAGAUCACUAUGGUAACUGAUUCUGAACACAUCUGGUCAGGAGCAGGUCAUUUUCAGUCUCACGUUUUCCCCGAUUCUUUUUUUUCAGCAUGUUCUGUGUGAUAUAGAUUCUCUGCUGGGGGAAUACAGUUUAUAUGUGCAGCUUGUUACUAAAACCACUGAAUGAAGCCAAACUCUAAAGUUACAGUAGCUCAAACUGUGCAUCACAUU